UUCUCCUCUCUUCUCUCACCUGCAAAAUGCCAUUCUCCCCUUUAAAUCCUCCCCAUCUUACCCUCCUCUCUCUACCGAUAGGGUUAUCCAUCUCCAUUUGUCUUCUUCUUCUUCUUCUUCUUCUUAGAAGUCGAUAUGUGGAAUUCGUCGGAGAACUUGUUCUCGAGGUCGAACUCAUCCAAAGAGAUCGAAGAUGAUGAGGAGACCCUCCGAUGGGCCGCUCUCGAGAGAUUGCCGACCUACAAUCGCGUCUCCAGAGGGAUCUUCCGCAGCGCCGGCGGAGAUUCCACUGAGGUCGAGAUCGGCAACCUCAAGCCUCACGAGCGGAAACUCGUUCUUGACCGCCUCUUCAAUGCAGCUGGCGAGGAUGCGGGCCAACUCCUUCAUCGUAUGAGGAAGAGAUUUGAUGCAGUAGAUUUGAAGUUCCCAAAGAUUGAGGUUCGUUUCCAGCAGCUAAAAGCAGAUGCAUAUGUCCACAUUGGAAGCAGAGCAUUACCCACAGUUCCUAAUGUUGUUUUCAACAUGACUGAGGUCUUCUUGAGGCAGUUCAAGAUCUUCCCAGGCAGGAGAAAGCGGUUAUCAAUAUUGAAUAACAUUAGUGGGAUCAUUAGGCCUGCAAGAAUGACACUGCUGCUGGGUCCUCCAAGCUCUGGAAAGACCACUUUGCUUUUGGCUAUUGCUGGACGGCCCGGACCUGGUCUGGAGAUGUCAGGAAGCAUUAUGUAUAACGGACAUGGCCUAAAAGAAUUUGUUCCUCAAAAGACGACAGCUUAUGUCAGUCAGCAGGAUUGGCUUGUGCCAGAGAUGACAGUGCGGGAAACUUUCGAGUUUGCAGCACGUUGUCAGGGUGUUGGGAUCAAAUAUGAUAUGCUCUUGGAACUUUCAAGGCGAGAGAAGAAUGCUGGUAUAAAACCUGAUGUGGAUCUUGAUAUAUUCAUGAAGGCAUUAUCUUUGGGGGGAGAAAAGACGGGCCUUGUCGUGGAGUACAUAAUGAAGGUUUUAGGCUUGGACACCUGUGCUGAUACAUUGGUGGGAGAUGAAAUGCUUAAAGGAAUCUCUGGGGGACAGAAGAAGCGUCUUAGUACAGGUGAAUUGCUCAUUGGUCCAGCUAGAGUGCUGUUCAUGGAUGAAAUAUCAACUGGUCUUGACAGUUCAACAGCAUAUCAAAUUGUCAAUUAUCUCAGGCAUUUGACACAUGCACUUGAUGGGACCACUGUCAUAUCUCUGUUGCAGCCGGCUCCUGAGACUUACGAGUUAUUUGAUGAUAUUAUUCUUAUAUGUGAAGGCGUGAUUGUGUAUCAGGGACCUCGUGCUGCUGCUCUUGACUUCUUUGCAUUUAUGGGUUUUAAGUGCCCUGAACGUAAAAAUGUGGCUGACUUUUUGCAAGAAGUUACAUCAGAGAAGGAUCAAUGGCAGUAUUGGUCUGUUCCUGACCGCCCAUACCAAUACAUAACAGUAGCGAAAUUUGCAAAAGCGUUUCAUUCAUGUACUAUUGGUAAGAGUUUAUCCCAGGAGCUCUCUGUUCCAUUUGACCGGCUGUCUGAUUAUCCUGCCGCACUGUCUAUGUCUAACUAUGGUGUGAGCAGAGCUGAGCUUCUUAAGGCCAGUUUUUCCUGGCAAAUGUUAUUGAUGAAACGGAACUCUUUUAUCUCUGUCUUCAAAUUCAUGCAGCUCUUAUUUGUUGCUCUGAUGACAACGACAGUAUUUUUCCGGACAAAUAUGCACCACAAGACGGUUGAGGAUGGAGUUGUAUAUCUUGGGGCUAUGUACUUGGCAACUAUAGUAGUUCUAUUUAAUGGAUUCACGGAAGCUGCUUUGUUGAUGGCAAAACUUCCGGUGCUUUACAAGCAUAGGGACUCACACUUCUAUCCCUGCUGGAUUUACUCACUUCCUUCCUGGGUCUUGAGUGUUCCAACUUCACUAGUAGAGUCUGGUAUAUGGGUGGUGGUUACAUACUAUGCCAUUGGCUUUGAUCCACUAAUAACUCGAUUCCUCCGGCACUUCCUUUUAUUUUUCAUUUUGCACCAGAUGUCUUUGCCUUUUUUCCGUUUGUUGGCAUCCUUGGGUCGGAAUAUGAUAGUGGCCAACACCAUUGGAUCUUUUGCAUUGUUGGUCGUCAUGGUUCUUGGAGGAUUUAUCCUCUCUAGAGAUAGCAUUCCAAGCUGGUGGAUUUGGGGGUACUGGUUUUCUCCAUUGAUGUAUGCUCAGAAUGCAGUUUCUGUAAACGAGUUUCUUGGACAUUCUUGGCAUAAGAAAGCUUCAAACUACACGAAUGUAUCAUUAGGUGAAAUGGUGUUGAAAGCGCGUGGUUUAUUUACAGAGGGUUACUGGUAUUGGAUUGGUGUUGGUGCUUUGUUAGGUUAUACAGUCAUAUUCAACAUCCUGUUGACAUUCGCUUUGACUUGGCUCAAUCCUCUGGGGAAGAAACAGGCGGUCGUGUCUAAAGAAGAGCUCCAAGGAAGGGAUCCAAAAAGGAAAGAAGGAGUAAAUGGUAACGGACAAAGAGGCAUGGUUCUUCCCUUUCAACCUCUUUCCAUGUGCUUCAGCAAUAUCAAUUACUAUGUGGAUUUGCCUGUGGAACUGAGGAAGCAAGGCAUCUUAGAAGAUCGACUGCAGUUGUUAGUUAAUGUUACUGGAGCAUUUAGGCCAGGAGUGCUUACGGCUUUGGUUGGAGUCAGUGGUGCUGGUAAAACUACCCUCAUGGAUGUUUUAGCUGGUAGGAAAACUGGCGGACUUGUCGAAGGGAGCAUAACUAUUUCUGGUUAUCCGAAAAACCAGGAAACGUUUGCAAGAAUUGCUGGUUACUGUGAACAGGAUGACAUCCAUUCUCCAUGCAUUACUGUUUAUGAAUCAAUUCUAUACUCUGCAUGGUUGCGGUUACCAUCUGAUGUUGAUUUAGAAACGCAAAGGGUUUUUGUGGAAGAGGUGAUGGAACUUGUGGAGCUCACUUCAUUAAGUGGUGCCAUCAUUGGUCUACCAGGUGUUGAUGGGCUAUCCACAGAACAACGCAAAAGGUUGACCAUUGCAGUGGAGCUUGUUGCUAAUCCUUCUAUCGUCUUCAUGGAUGAGCCCACUUCGGGAUUGGAUGCCAGGGCUGCGGCCAUUGUUAUGAGAACAGUGAGGAAUAUCGCGGAUACUGGGCGGACGAUUGUGUGCACAAUCCACCAGCCAAGCAUUGAUAUUUUUGAAUCUUUUGAUGAGCUUUUGUUUAUGAAGUGUGGGGGGGAGCUUAUUUAUUCUGGUCCAGUGGGCACCAAUUCCCACAAGCUUGUUGAGUAUUUUGAGAUGGUUGAAGGAGUUCCUAAGAUAAAGGCUGGUUAUAACCCAGCAGCAUGGAUACUGGAGGUCACCUCUACCGAACAAGAAAGUCGACUCGGUGUGGACUUUGCUGAAGUUUACCGCAGAUCUAAUCUAUUCCAGCAGAACAGAGCAUUAGUUGAGAUUCUAAGCAAACCAAAUAAUGACUCAGAAGAUUUAAGUUUUCCGACCAAGUACUCGCAACCAUUUCUUGUACAAUUUAUUGCUUGUCUUUGGAAGCAAAAUCUGUCUUACUGGAGAAACCCACAGUAUACUGCAGUGCGCCUCUUCUAUACUAUCAUCGUUUCCUUGAUGGUUGGAACAAUCUAUUGGAGAUUUGGCUCUAAAAGGGAGAUGCAGCAGGAUUUCUUAAAUGCCAUGGGAUCCAUGUAUGUAGCAGUCAUAUUCGUUGGACUUACCAAUGCGAUUGCUGUUAUGCCAGUGGUUUUCAUUGAAAGGCUUGUUUCAUACCGAGAGAGAGCUGCAGGGAUGUAUUCUGCUCUACCAUUUGCAUUUGCCCAGGUUGCUAUUGAGUUUCCGUAUGUAUUUGUACAGACACUUAUCUUUGGCUCUUUGUUCUACUCCAUGGCCUCAUUUGAAUGGGCCCUGUGGAAAUUCAUCUGGUACCUAUUCUUUAUGUAUUUCACUUUAUUGUACUGCACAUUUUUUGGCAUGAUGUGUGGUGCAAUCACACCCAAUCAGCACAUGGCCCCCAUUGUCGCUUCCCCAUUUUAUAUGAUGUGGAACCUCUUCUGUGGAUUCAUAAUCACUCGCAAGAGUUUGCCUGUGUGGUGGAGAUGGUUUUACUGGGCUAACCCUGUAGCCUGGAGUCUGUAUGGCCUUCUGACGUCCCAAUAUGGUGACAUUGACAAACCCAUGAAGCUGUGGGACGGACUUCACUCAGUGAGUGUAAGAAAAUUCCUGGAGGACCACUUUGGCUUCCGGCGUGAUUUCUUGGGCAUAGCUGGAGUCAUGGUGGUUAGUUUCUGUGUGAUGUUUGCUCUGAUUUUUGCUUUUUCAAUCAAAUAUCUCAAAUUCCAGAGGAGAUAGGACAGGAGUUGCAUCAUUUGCAGGUAUUGGAUACUGAUAGUCGAUCAAUGUUAUAACUGUCAUAGGAGUUUUGUAUUUAAGUGUAUCUUUCCUCUAUAAUGCAAUGGUUACUAUUGUGCCCUUAUAAUUAA